AUAAAUGGUGUGGUGUUUCUUUUCAAGUUUCUUGGCUACUUCGAGAAUAUAAUUUGUAUACUUAUCCAAAGAAUAAAGUUUCCAACGGAAGAGCAAAUAGAACACCAACUACUCUUAUAACUUUAAAUGCAGCUUCGGUUAAAGUUCUGAGUCAAUGUCAGUUUCCUCGCCCAACAUUGAAGCGAGAAGUUGAAUCCUUAGAUUUCAAAUCUACAUGA